AUGUCCUUUGGUGUCACAAAGGAUGCGCGGCAUUUUGGACUAGUUGGUGACCGUCUAAUUGAUGACCUUCUGAUCUACAGCGAGGACAAAAAGGAGUACGCAGGGCAUGUUCGACCGGUCUUUAAGCGUCUCCGCAUGCUGGAUUACAAGUUGCGAUCCACAAGUGCGAAUUCAGUGUGA